AUGGCACGCAACAGUGACUACGUUCGGCAUCCCUCCGUCGAGGCCGAGGCCAAGGGGGAGAGCGACGCCGACGUUGCGCCUGAUUGGCUAGAGAAAGAAAACGGCGGUCAGUGCCUCCUGCUUGAUAUCUCGCACUCCGCAUGCCCUAACGAUAUCUCCACCCCAGGCCCCCCUUCGCCCUCCACCGGCCUCGCGAACGUGCUCGAGCGGCACAGCGCCCUCCUCCUGCUCGUGAUGUUCACACUCGUCAACGCCAUGCUCCUCGCCGCUCCGCGCGGGACCUCCGCGCCCGCGGCACCGCUCUCACCCGCAAAGCUCGACUUCGCGAAGACGUUCCGCGACCCCGCUGUGCCUCAUCCGCCGUCCACGACAAAUCUCCCGGUGUUCGUCGCGCACCUCGACCGCGCCCGGCCCGCGGGGUCGUUCGCAGACGAGUCCGCGCCAGAGGCGUACCGCGGCGAGGUGUCUCCCCAGCGGUCCCUCCUGGUGCAGUACUUCGUAGGCGACGUUGGGACGGCGCGGUGCGCGCUCGAGGUGCGCGUCCCCGCGGCCGACUGCGACGCCUCGCCCGUGUUCCCUGCGUGGGUGCAGGCGUGGCGCGUGGAGACCGAGCAGCGCGUGCUCGAGACGCGGGACCUCGCGUCGCUGUCGAGGACGAAGCGGUUGGCAGCGUGGACGCUGGAGGCCCGGGGCACGUUCGUGUCGGAGGAGUUCGAGUGCGAAGCGCGCUCGUUCCACGCCUUUAAGCUGGCGUGUGCCGGGGCGGAGACCUCAGUUGCCGUUAACGUUGCUCUCUCUCAUCGUCGCUCUUAG